UAUGAUGUGGAUGUAGAGCGAACGGAAGGUCUGGACUCGAGGGAACCUGGAGAAAGCAGGCGAUACCGGGAGAUUAUCACAGGACCCGAGAAGGAGCCGGGAGCGACAGGGUUAAAUCAAAGGGGGGUUCGCUUUUCGGCGGGGGUGCCGACCUACACUUUGUCUCCGAGCGCCAUGGAUGUGAGCGCCGCUCUCCUCGGGCGCAGUAUUUUGGCUUAAAGUCGUCGGAUCAUGCCCUCCGCAUCCCCCUGCUUCCCCCGACCGCAUUCGGACCCCAGAAUGACCUGGCUGUGCCUGUCCUGCAUGCUGUGGCCUGAAGAUCUGGAGGGUCAGAACUGCCACACGUUCAAGGUGAAGAACUUUAAGAAGGUGAAGUCGUGCAGCGUGUGCAAGCAGGCGAUCACCAGAGAGGGGAGCGCAUGCAGGGUCUGCAGAUUGUCGUGCCACCGGAAAUGUGAAGGCAAGAUUGUCUCGCCCUGCACUCCGCGCGUCAAUUACGAGCUGCCAAUCAGCACAGAGAGUCCACAGAAGCAUGUAGAACCCACCGGAUCCACUAAAUCCUCCAGAAGUACCACGUCACGCCGCAGACCAUCAAGAAGCUUGAGCUUGAUUCACACCAUGGAGGACAGCUGCGAGCUGGAUCUCACCUACAUCACCGAGCGGAUCAUUUCCGUCACGUUCUCAGCGGGCGCAGAAGAAGCCAACUUUUGCCGGAACCUGAAGGAGGUGGCGCACAUGCUGAAGUCGAAACAUGGCGACAAUUAUCUGAUCUUUAACCUGUCGGAGAGAAGACAUGAUAUCGGAAAACUCCAUUCCAAGGUGUUGGACUUUGGGUGGCCAGACUUGCACGCCCCGGCUUUGGAGAAGGUGUGCAGCAUCUGCAAGGCCAUGGACACCUGGCUGAAUGCAGAUCCACACAACGUAGUCGUCAUCCAUAACAAGGGUAAUCGAGGUCGGACAGGCGUGGUGAUUGCGGCUUACAUGCAUUACAGCAACAUAUCUGCCAGUGCUGAUCAGGCUUUGGACAGAUUUGCAAUGAGAAGGUUUUAUGAAGAUAAAGUCCUCCCCGUUGCUCAGCCCUCCCAGAAAAGGUAUAUACAUUACUUCAGCGGACUCCUAUCGGGGGCCAUCAAGAUGAACAAUAAGCCUCUGUUUUUGCACCACGUGAUCAUGCACGGGAUCCCAAACUUUGAGUCCAAAGGAGGUUGCCGUCCGUUUCUGAAGAUCUAUCAGGCCAUGCAGCCCGUGUACACGUCUGGCAUCUACAAUGUUCAGGGAGACAGCCAGACGAGUAUCUGUAUCACCAUCGAGCCCGGUCUGCUGCUGAAAGGAGACAUACUGCUGAAAUGUUACCACAAGAAGUUCCGCACCCCGGCCCGUGACGUCAUAUUCCGCGUACAGUUUCAUACCUGCGCCAUUCAUGACCUUGGAAUUGUGUUUGGGAAGGAGGAUUUGGAUGAAGCUUUUAAAGACGAGAGAUUCCCGGAGUACGGAAAAGUGGAGUUUGUGUUUUCGUACGGCCCGGAGAAGAUACAAGGGAUGGAGCAUUUGGAGAACGGGCCGAGCGUUUCUGUCGAUUACAACACGUCGGAUCCGCUCAUCCGCUGGGACUCCUACGACAACUUCAACGCGCACCGCGAGGACAGCCUGGAGGAAGUUGGACACACUCAAGGACCAUUGGACGGAAGCCUGUACGCCAAAGUGAAAAAGAAAGAUUCCACCAACGGGAGUACAAGCACAGUUAACGCCAGCGGUAUCCCCCUGUCCGCUGCGCCCAACCAUAUUGAACACACUUUGUCGGUGAGCAGCGACUCGGGUAACUCAACAGCUUCCACCAAAACCGACAAGACCGAUGAGCACGCGGCCAACGCAGCGGCCAACCAAGGGUUGACGCCCGAGGAGAAGCAAGAGCUUGAACGUCUUUUGAGUGGCUUUGGCUUGGAAACAGAAGCACAGAUGCACAAUCUAAAUCCUGGCACAUCGGUAGCAGGAGGGAUGCUGCAUGUGGUGCCGGCACAGGUGCACGUCAACGGAGACAGCACAUCGCCACCAGCUGAACGGGAGACGGACAUUCUAGACGAUGACCUCCCUAACCAUGAUGGCCACAGUGUUGGGAGCUUGGGCACCCUAUCUUCCUUCGAUGUUACCCCCAAUGUACAUGAGACUGGUUUCCAGGACUCGACUCAUAUGAACAUAUCUUCAUUAACCAAUGGCCCACCCGCAAUUAACGGCCUAGAUAAGCUACACAAGCUUGACUUUAAUAGCAAGGAGACAAUGAUAAAUGGUGGAUAUCCAUACAACAACCAGAAUGUCUUAAGGAACACUACUGUCCCCCAUUCUCAGGUUGUAGGUCACAUGAGACCAUCGGCAUCGGCCCAGGAAAAUCUGUCGGCGUAUCCAGUAAACCAACCGGUGGUGUACACGUGGGGACAGCCUCAACCCUCAACACAAAAGCACUUAUACUAUUAUGACCCCAGCGGGAUGUACCGUUCUCAGUCUUUCACGGCUUCGGAUCCUGGAAAAUUUGAUGCGGAUGCUCAGCUGCCCCAAGCACCGGCUCGAAGUGUCAGCAGCAGAGAGGCAGUUCAGAGGGGCCUCAACUCGUGGCAGCAGGGUGGAAGCAGACCCCCUUCUCGUCAACAAGACGGGACAACCGAGAACCAAGUUCUCAGCCCGAGUCCUCAGCCAAGCACUUUUCAGACUGUUCCUCAGAGCCACAGCAUCCCCGAGUUUCCCAAACUGGCCUCGCAGCAGGAGAUUGAGCAGUCUAUUGAAGCACUUAACAUGCUAAUGCUGGACCUUGACCCCUCGUUCUCCCACUUGCCCAAAUCUCAAAGUGUACCGGUGGCCCCGAGAGAGGAGAGAAUUGGCCCAGUGCCGGGGUCGCUCUCUGCCCAACCAUCAUUUGGAUUGUAUAGCCAACCUUCUUCGCAGGUGGCUCCUCCAAAAAUAAGCAAUUCGUAUAUCACUACACCACCUGGCAUGGGGCAAAGUAUCACUAUUACUUCUAACCAGCCUUACGGACCUUCAGAGCAAGGUCCACGAGCAUACGAAGCUCUCGAACUGACUCGGCCCCUGGAGACAGACCGGGUUCUAAACGAUUACAGGGAGCCCUACUCAAUGCCGACGUUCACCCCCUACAACUAUUCAACCCAACAGCCAUCUUUGGGUCUUGCUCGAAGCUACAGCUACGGGACCGGCAGCAGCGCCGCUCCUUCCUCUGUGCCGCCGCUUUCCGCUUUCAUGCAAGCGAGUCCACAACAGUCUGUGGUGACGUCCCCGGUCGCACCGGCCACUGCCGUUCAAACCCCACCUUUGGCCAGAGAAGACGAAGACGAACAUUACGACGUAGUAGGGCUUGUCGCUCACCGAGUUGCAGAGUACAACAGCAAAAUCCGUAAUAUCAAUAAAAGCACGAAACCCCCCCAAACACCCACUGUUCACCGCCAACGCUCCUUCACCUUUUCUGGGGUUCACUCGCGUGACAAGACUCCCGACGAGAUAGGGUCGUCGUCGUCGCCGCGAAGGAGGACCACCAGCGAGGGACAGUAUGAAGAAAGUGCAGAGGAGCCCAACGUUUUGGCAGGUAGUCCCACCAAGGUGCGGUCGCCCGUCCGCUGCGUCUCGCCCGAAGUAUUCAACACUAUUGCCGCCAACCCGGGAGGAAGACCUAAAGAGCCUCACCUGCACAGCUACAAGGAGGCCUUCGAGGAAAUGGAAAUGGCUUCCCCUGUGACCAGCCCGACGUCCGUAGCCCGCUCCCCCCCAGGACUGGCCAGGACGCCUCUGUCAGCUUUGGGGUUAAAGCCACACAACCCAGCGGACAUCAUCCUGCAGCAAUCAGGGGAGACAGUCAUGGAAACUGUCAUCGGAUAUGGGGACGAGCCCAGGAGCUACGUUGAAUCCGUGGCUCGAACGGCCGUAACCGGUGGCGCGGCGCUCCCGUCCCCCACCGUGCCGCAGGCCUACAGCGUGGAUACGUUGACGAGGAACGGAGGAUACCCCAAUGCCUUCGCUUCGCCGAGUCCUGUUUCCACCAGCAGUCCUGUACACGGCACUGAUGGUUUCUCUCUAAAGAGUUACCCGUCGGCGGAGAGUAGCGUCCAGGUUCCUACGCCCACUCAGCCAUCCGUGAACUCGAGUUUCAGAUCCACGAGUCUGUCUCAAGCUUCCCCGUCUAGCAGUUACCAGAACGCAUCUCCAUCCCCUACCAUGGGUCCCCAAGCAGGCACCCCGGUCACCGCAUACGACUCCUACACGUACAGUCCUGGCGGUGCCAUGACCCAGGCAGAUGGGCUCCCGCGAACGCAAAUUAAUUCGUUUGGUGGACAUGUGGUUCAAGGCAGCCCGCAGCUUCAUCACCGAACAGUGGGCACCAACACACCUCCAAGCCCAGGAUUCGGGAGGAGAAUGGUCACUCCUAAUAUGUCAAAUGCCCCCGGCAGCCCAAGCUUGAGUAGACAUCAACUGGGAGCCCACAACAAUACGGCCGUGGCACCGGGUAGUCCUAGUCUUGCCCGUCACCAGGCUGUGAUGGCAGGAAGUUCUCCGGUGACUCCUGGAAGCCCAAGCUUGGAAAGGCAUAUCAUGUAUGGCUACUCUGCCCCCGAUGACAGGCGACCAACAUUGUCUCGACAGAGUAGUGCAUCAGGAUAUCAAGCUCCAUCCACACCGAGUUUCCCGGUCUCUCCCGCUUACUACCAUGGCAUGAGCAGCCCAUCCUCUUCUUCUCCCGACUCUACGCUCUACCGGCAGGGAAGCCCCGUGCCGCAGCCCUCCUUGCCCGAAAAGAGAAGGAUGUCCUCUGGAGACAGGUCCAACAGCCUGCCCAAUUACUCCACUCUCAACGGGAAGACGCCAUCACCCAUGUCCAGCGGGAUGUCCAGUCCUAGUGGGAGCACAAUGGCGUUUACCCACACGUUACCGGACUUCUCCAAGUUCUCCACGCUCUCCAUGCAAGACAGCAGCCCUGAAACGCGCGCGAACGUGAAGUUUGUACAGGACACGUCCAAGUUUUGGUACAAGCCAGAAAUUUCAAGAGAUCAAGCAAUCUCACUACUGAAGGACAAGGAUCCCGGGGCGUUCAUUAUCCGUGACAGCCACUCCUUCCGCGGCGCCUAUGGGCUGGCGAUGAAGGUAGCCACGCCGCCCCCCACCGCUACCCAGUCCAGUAAAAAGGACUCCACCAAUGAGCUUGUGAGACACUUCCUGAUAGAGACCAGCCCCCGAGGGGUGAAGUUAAAGGGCUGCCUCAAUGAACCCUACUUUGGGUGUCUCUCCGCUCUGGUGUACCAGCAUUCUAUCACACCCCUCGCGCUGCCCUGCAAGCUGGUUAUCCCAAGCAGAGAUCCUUCGGAUGAAACGAAAGAGACGGCAGCCCCCGCCAAUACCACGGCGGACCUCCUGAAGCAGGGCGCAGCCUGCAAUGUACUCUUCAUCAAUUCUAUCGACAUGGAGUCUCUCACCGGCCCGCAGGCCAUCGCAAAGACCAUCGGGGAGACGCUAACGGCCGAGCCGCAGCCCGCCGCCACCAUCGUCCACUUCAAAGUCUCAGCCCAAGGAAUCACCCUCACCGACAACCAGAGAAAGUUGUUUUUCCGAAGACAUUAUCCUUUGAACACAAUCACCUUCUGUGACCUGGACCCGCAGGAGAGGAAGUGGAUGAAGACAGACGGAUCGCCUGCAAAACUCUUCGGCUUUGUGGCCAGAAAGCAGGGAAGUACGACGGACAACGUCUGCCACCUCUUUGCCGAGUUGGAUCCCAACCAGCCGGCCACGGCCAUCGUCAACUUCGUGUCGCGGGUGAUCGGCUUGCAGAAGAGAUGAGCCGACUUCUACUCCCCCCCCCGCCACCCCUUUGUUCAUGAAUUGGUUCAAAAGAAUGGACUCUCAAGAGAGAAAGUGCAUUAUGGGAGAGGAAAGUGAUUUUUUGGGGGGUUUCCUGAUUGUGCAGGUGGGAUAUCAAAGCAAAAAAAAAAAACCAAAAAAAAAAGAGGAAGAGGUGACGCAAAAAAAGGAAA